GGAACACGCAACAACGUUCACCAACGUUCACCGGGAGCGUAGGUAGGUCGUCUAGCGUGACGUCACGUCGUCAGCCUAGUUGGGUUAGGUUUUACGCUGGAAAUUCUAACGACAAAUUUUUUGUUUGACGAUUAAUGUUUUCGCCGUCGUGCACGUCGUACUGAGCGACGCGAGCAGUUCACGCAGGUGAUUGACGGCCAGCAGUCGCACUCGAGCAGACCGUACGAUCGCGAGUGGUCCGCGCUGCAUCGGCGUAUAUGAGAUUUUAAACGGAAAAUGAGUCGACAUGAAGGAGUAAGCUGCGAUUCCUGCUUGAAGGGAAAUUUUGAAGGUCGUAGAUACAAAUGUCUGGUAUGCUACGAUUAUGAUCUAUGUGCCAGCUGCUACGAGGGAGGCGCCAGUACUACACGCCACCUCACAGAUCACCCUAUGCAGUGCAUACUUACCAGAUCUGACUUUGAAUUAUACUAUGGUGGCGAAGGAGUGAGUGUGGAACAACCUCAAUCUCUGACUUGCCCAUACUGUACAAGAAUGGGUUUCACCGAAGCUACAUUACAAGAACAUGUCGCUGCUGAUCAUCCGGACACCUCGUUUGAAGUUGUAUGUCCAGUAUGUGCAGCAGUACCAGGUGGAGAUCCGAACCAUGUAACUGAUGAUUUUGCUGGUCACUUGACGUUAGAACAUCGAAGUGGACCAAGGGAUUUGAUCUCCUUUUUAGAUGAUCCUUCAGCAGGUAGACACGUUAGGCGGAUACCACAUCCGUCUAGAGCUGUUGGUGCACCACGUGCGCGUAGGUCCAACAUGCAUUUCAGUUCAUCUGGAGGAUUAAGCCCAAGUAGUCGAGAAGGCAUAGAUCCAAUCGCAGAAUUAUUGUCUCAAUUAUCGGGUGUACGUAGAAGUGGAGGUGGAAGUGGACAGAGUUCUUCGGCACCUACGCAACUACAGCAAUUGCAGAUGCAGCUGCAAAUAGAACGACAACAAGUUCGGGCUGCUAGACAACAACUUGAACGAUUACCUAGGAGGCAGACGCAAGUAAUCGGCUCGGUGAGCGGCAGUGGAGGUAGUAGUGGCGGUCAUUCUACUACUAUGGCUAGUGUGGUGGCAAAUAGUACGAGUAGUAACAAUAACGCGACCAAUGUGGCCAACCCGUCCGGUGUGUCUUCUACUAAUUCACAGAACUUUACGUUCUUGUUACCCAGAUGCAUUACAACCACACUGUCUGAUUCACAACUGCAAAAUAUUGAACGCGAAAGUGCAAAUAGGAGCCUUUUUGCACGUGAACUUAUUGUCGGAACACUUUCCCAAACAUUGUCAGAGUUGCUUCAACAGCAGUGUACCGUGCAAACGCCGGCAUCAAGUGUGACUACUGCCACGACCAGCCCCGAGACACCAAACGCUAAUACUUCCAUUGUCUCCACGAAAAAAUUGAGUUUAGCUCAGGAAGCAAAGAGGGAUCAAGCGACGAAUAAACACGUAACACAACCGUCAACGCAGCAACAAUCACACAUUCUACAGGCUGCUACUGCUGCAGCCGUUGCUGCUGGCAGUGUAGGUUCUGGUCUACAAAAUCAGGGCUUACCCCCGAAUUCUAACAGCAUUGCGACGCAAAAUUCACCUAUAGUUCAAACAUUGAUGCAUAGUGUGUUACCUCAGUCACUGGUUUUGCAGCAACCACUGCCGCCUCCAAUUAGGAAUACCGGUACUGGAACUAUCCGAGAACCGAUAGCAGCUCCAGCGCCUGCUUAUCUUAGAGGUGGAGUGGGCUCAGUUGGAGUGACAGGCUCUUCACGUAGGAAGCCAGUUAGGGCUGUAGACGGCAGAAACCAAUCCACGGAACCACCGCCCCCUCACUAACCCCUCCUUAGCCCAUACCCAUCCACCCUGAUUCUUCACAGGACCCCCUAGCACUAGUCCUAGCACUGUUUAGAACACCUCAUCAUUAUUGUUAUUAUUAUAAUAUUAUAUAUUAAUAAUUAUUCAAACGCCCUCUCUCCUCUUCAUCCACACAUGCCCUACUACUUUCCGAACUUUAAUCUCGCCAUCUUUGCUGUUACGUGACAUGGAACAAGGGCAAGGGCUGAUUCGCCGUUGGCAUAUUACAAAUAAUAAUAAUAAUAAUGUACAUAACUUCUCACACUUCUUGCAGUCAUCCUUGGGAUAUACAGUUCGUUCGCGUGUAGUACUCUCUUCGAGCGAGUCUUGCCACGUUCUUCCACGCUGACAUGCUACACGAUACGACAUUAUCUAUCCGCUGAGAAACGCAAGAGCAGGCGUUUGCAAACAAGUGUACUGUAUAAAAGGUUUUCGUAAAGGCGAAGCGACGUUAGCGUUUACUGUUCGGUUUGUCGUGUCGAAGAAUGGAACGAACACGCGAGGGUAACUUGUGGUCCGGAAAAACUGAAUGAAGAACGAAGUUUUUUCUAAAUUGUACUGUAUACGUUAUUACAUGUUUGUUGUCACGAGACAAAUGAAGUACGAGGCUUCAUUGACACUUAUACGCGGCGUAAAUUCUAUCGAACAAUCAACCGCUAAUGUACUGAGCGCUUGAAACGCAACGCGCGUUCCCUUUUCACAAAUAGGGUUACACGAACGUGAAAUUGCCCGGGUUGGUCCGUAAUACUAACGCUUAAAUGGUCCUAACCUUCAGAUAACUACUCCGGCGCACUAAUAGUGGAAAAUGGUACACGAAAUGAUUAUUAUACAGAUAAAUGAAAAAUGUCGUGAAUGGUAUAACGGUGCAGAACAACGACACUGCAUAUUUUUCAGACGACUAUUUAGAAUAUAAUUCUCGUUAUAGUAGACUCCUGUAUGCUUUACGAUCAAUAAAUCAUUGGUACAAUGUACAAGAAAAUAAAUCACCUGCAGUCUGUAUGAACUUUUGUUAUUUUUUAAUUUGAUUUAGAUAGUUGUGCAGUGGAACUUCGUGUAUUUAAAGUAGAAGAAAAAUUCACGAAAGUAAAUUAUGUUGAAGAUAAAUAUGCAUUAGAAAGAACUACUUUUUAAACAAGCAGAACUACUCUUUAAACAUUUAAUGAAAUCAAACUUGUAUGUGUGUAUGUAAUGUAAUUUUGUAAAUUGGCAUUAGCGGACCAUCCCUUGGCAUAUUUACGCUAUAGAAAAAGAUGGUGUCAUAAAGUGGAGAGAUUACAUUUAACAAUUAUAAAUUAUAAAUUAAUAUUUCGCAAAAUACUUAACCUGACGCUUAUAUUAAACGCAAUAUUUAAUGAUUGAAUCAUUAAUUUUUAAAUAUUUUGUUUAAUAAUUAUUUUUCAGAUUCUUGUGUAUUGUGAUGUAUAUUAUGAUUACAAGGAAUUAAAAAUAAAAUUUCAUUAUUAUAUAUACAUAUAAUCACUCCAUUUUAAGACAUAUUUUUUAAAUAACUGUAGUAAUUGUACGCGUUUUUUUCUUUUAAGACCAUGCUUGGGAUAUAUACUUACAUGUUUAAGAAGCAUAAGAUAAAAUCUUUCAUCGUGGAUCGAUCACGGUAAACUCUUGAUUCUUGUUUGAUUUUCAUCGAAAGCUUACAAGUAUAUUUUAUAUUUUUGAGUAGAGAUAUGUUUACUUAUUUCUUCUAUACGUAAAGAAAAGGAAACACGAUUAAUAUUAUAUCGGAGUAUAUACACAUAUAUGAAUGCGCAUUUGUAAAGUUUCUACUGGGAGUAGAACAUUUCAAAGAUGCUCGUGUACAUAUAAGUGUUAUUUGUUUCUCUCUUCGAGUACCAUUUUCUUCCCCUUUAUUCUCUCCUUUUCCUGCAUGCUCAUUGUCGUAUAAAUAAUCUGUAAUAUGCUGUUAAUUUUUUCUUCAAAUUGUAUCUUGCGAGAUGUGAUUCUGCAAACCGUAUAGCAUCUUACAAAAAAGAGUGCAUAAAAAUUGCGUGUAUUGUGUAUACAUGCAUACAUUUACAUAAAGAUAAAACGAACGACGAGCCAAAAUGUUUAGCGCGUAAAUCCGUUAUGCUCCAAUAGUAUGAACUUCAGAACUUGACCGUCUUAUUUUCCAUGUGCAAACUUGAGGAACUUUGAAAUCUCUCUCGAGUUAAAUACGAAAGUGUUAUUGCAAAGAAUGAAAACGUGUUCGAGCCUUUAAUUACCAUGUUCCUCGGAUGUACUUUAAUCUUCCUGGAUGUUUUACUUGUCUUUUAUCUGUAGUCGACAUAUGUACGUUUAUAAACGAGUGUUUCUUGAAUAACUAU